AUGACCCGUCUUUACCGAUUGUCGGCACUGUGGCCGAUUGUCGCUACUGCCUUGGCCACCGGAGCCUCAACCAACGCAGUAGGUACGAGCCAGAAUGAAACCAGCUUCGUCAAUCGCGCCUUCAUCCUCGAGUGUGAAAGCCGCGGUGAUGUAGAGACUCUUGCACAAGAGAUUCAGCAUCUAGGCGGCACUAUUCGCCACAACUACACGACCGAUACCUUCCUUGGUCUCUCUGCGGAGCUGGGGAGUGAUGAGAAGUUUGACGACUUCUCUGCCGACAUGAAAACUAGAAGCGGUAUCAAGAAUAUGUGGCCAAUUGCAACUGUUACCCUUCCGGAAGAGGCAACGACGGAGAUGGAGGAAGUGAAAGAAAGUUUAGAUAGGCGUGUGCGUGGCAGCCGCGGGAUGAAGGCCCGCGCUCCCGAGACCAAGGCACCGUGGAACCAUCUCAUGACACAGGUUGACAAGCUCCAUGCGGAAGGAUACUCUGGCAAAGGCAUCAAGAUUGGCAUUGUUGACACCGGUGUCAACUACAACAUAAAGGCCCUUGGUGGUUGCUUCGGACCAAACUGUCGGGUUGCUUUUGGAGGUGUAUUUGACGGAAAGACCUCCAAGUCGGAUCCCAUGGAUCUACAUGGGCACGGCACCAUAGUUGCCAGCAUCUUGGCCGGCUACAGCAAAGAGGACGGCUUUGUCGGCGCCGCGCCGAACGCAACUCUCGGGGCUUACAGAAUCGGUGGUGUGGCCACUCACUCCGAAGACGGCAUCAUAGCGGCUUGGCUUCAGGCCGAAAAGGAAGGCAUGCAGAUUAUUGUGUCCUCCUUUGGCAUCCAGGGCGGCAACUGGGCACAGCGACCAACGGCGACGGUUGUGUCUCGCCUGGUUGCCAAGGGCAUCCCCUGCAUUGCCGCGAUUGGCAACCAGAAAAACAAUGGCCUGUUCAACGUCGUGAACCCGUCGUCUGGCCGAGGUGUGAUCAGCGUCAACUCCUUCACACAGGAUGGUUUCAUUGCGAUUAUGUCAGCGGCCGGGCCGACGCCGGAGCUGGAUAUUAAGCCACAGGUCGGUGCGCCGGGUGACAGUGUGCCGGUUGCCUACGAAGACGGCAGUUACGGCAGUGAUAGCGGCACCUCGUUCGCGGCGCCGCUUGUCGCUGGCAUUAUUGCUCUCAUCGCCGAAGCCAGGGGCACGUUCGACCCGGCACUGAUUGAGUCUCUUCUCAUGUCCACAGCUGAGGCGCGGGGCGAGCCCGUUUACUCCGUCGCCCUCCAGGGCGGCGGCCUCGUCCAAGCUUGGGACGCUGCUCAUGCCACAACCACGGUGCAGCCUGCCAGUCUUGCUUUCAACGACACCGAGAACCGCAUGCCCAAGCUUAGCCUGAAGAUUACGAACACGGCCAAAUCAGACGUUCAGUACGAACUUUCCAGCAUCUUUGCCGACUCUAUUUAUACUCUGGAUACGAACGGUAAGAAGCCAUGGGGGACUUCACAAGAAACCGUCAAGAGUUCGGGCCUGAUCAAGCUCAGCCAGAGCACCUUUACUCUCAAGCCAGACCAGUCGACUUCUGUCGAUGUCUCCGCCGCGGACCCGGAGGGGGUUGACGCCAAACGCCUGCCGGUAUGGUCUGGCUAUAUUAAGAUCCAGGAAGUUGGUUCUGCGAACAAAACGCUGACUGUCCCGUACCUUGGGGUGGCAGGCUCGCUUCGCUCAGUGACCCUCAUGGAGAAGGCCGGCUACAUUGCGGUUCGAAACCAGAACAGGCCAGCUGCCUUGAAAUAUGACAAGAUUUACUCUACUCCAGUUGUUGCAGCAGACCCUCCGUCCAUGGCUUCUUCAGGGCUCGGUCGGAUUGAGAAUUUCCAGUGGCCCGCCAACACCAUCCACGGCGAUCCCGUUGCCUAUUUUGAAAUCACCAUCGGAACGCCGCAGAUUGAAGUCCACGUCGUCCCUAUGGACAUUUGCCCAAAGCAGCCCAACCAAAAGCUGACGGUUGGCAAAGCCUGUGUUCCCGAGGCGAGCCUGGUCGAGGUUGCAGGCAUCAGGUCCCUCGGCGUGAUGGCCGACUAUGCGCAUCAUCACCGGGGCCGUGGUUAUGCAGAGAACGGCUUUGUGUUCAAGGGCCUUCUCGAGUCUGGCGAGUAUGUACCGCCAGGCAGAUACAAGUUUGUCGCUCGAGCCCUGAGUCUUCUCGGGGAUGCCAAUAAUGCAGCCGACUGGCAGGUGCAAGAGACACAUGUGUUUACCUUUGGGUAUGAAUCGAACCUGAUUGACGUGCAGUGA